AUGCAUUGUAUCACAACAGUUACAUACUCCUUCCUCAUUAACGGCUUGCCUAGAGGGAAGGUAGUACCGAGUAGAGGUCUCCGUCAAGGAGAUCCUCUUUCUCCCUACAUAUUCAUAAUGUGUAGUGAAGUCCUCUCGGGAUUAUGUAACAAAGCGCAAGAAGAAGGAACGCUCCAAGGCCUGCGGGUCGCACGUAGCUGUCCUCGACUAACCCAUCUCUUCUUCGCUGACGAUACAAUGUUCUUCCUCCAAGCGGACAAGGAGAAUUGUGCAUCUCUCACUUCUAUUCUAGGCAAAUACGAGCAGGCGUCGGGUCAAUCCAUAAGUAAGGAGAAAUCAGCUAUCACCUUCUCUAGGAAAGCACCGGCAUCCUUGAAGAUGAUGGUCAAAACAGAGUUAAACAUUGAAAAAGAAGGAGGAAACGGCAAAUACUUGGGGCUUCCUGAACAUUUUGGGCGACGAAAACGAGAUCUUUUCUCCUUCUAUGUGGAUCGAAUCAAGCAGAAAGCUAGGGGUUGGAAGAACAAAUACCUCUCAACCGCCGGGAAACUCGUCAUGCUCCAAAGCGUCCUAACAGCGGUUCCAUCCUACCCGAUGUCUAACUUCCUAAUGCCGGUCUCUCUCUGUAAACGGCUACAAUCCGCAGCUACACGCUUCUGGUGGGAUCGCGACGAAAACGAGAGAAAAAUGGCGUGGAUCUCAUGGGAUAGUAUGGCACAACCUAAAGCCAAUGGAGGGUUAGGAUUUCGAGAUUUUCAGAGCUUUAAUAUCGCUCUCCUAGCCAAGAUUGGAUGGAGGCUGUUCCAAAAUCCAGAUUGCCUGUUGGGAAAAGUCUUGUUUGGAAAAUAUUGCCAUGACAGCAACAUCUUGCAGGCCACCGAAUCCUCCUCUAUGUCGCAUGGCUGGCGAAGCGUGUUAGCAGGUAGAAACCUCCUGUUAGAGAACCUGGGCUGGGUUGUGGGAAAUGGAACCUCGAUAAAUAUAUGGAAUGAUCCCUGGCUGAGCCUUGCUUACCAAGAGAGACCAAUGGGCCCUCCGAACGAGCCACAUUCACAGUUUACUGUCUCGGACCUCAUCAACCCUGCAACAAGGGACUGGGAUGUGUCGAAGAUUAAGCUAAUUUUACCCUUCUACGAGGAGCAAAUUCUGUGCUUUAAACCAAGCUUGACUGGGGCUCCGGAUAAACAAGUUUGGUUAGCCACAAAGUCGGGGGACUAUACAACGAAAUCUGGGUACUAUACUGCAGUCACUAGAGUUGAAACCAGGCAGGACAUCACCACAGAUCAUGGUUUCAAGUGGAGAAGUAAUGUAUGGAACAUGCAGUGUGCGCCAAAGGUUAAGCUAUUCUCGUGGAAACUUCUCAAGGGAGCUAUACCGGUAGGAGAAAGACUCGUUCAAAGGCACGUCCCGGCGGAUCCGCGUUGCAAACGGUGCGGCUGUUCAGAAUCUAUCAUUCAUCUCUUUUUCCAAUGUGGGUUCACUCAACGAGUCUGGCAACUUGCCCCUCUCAAUACCGACAUGGAUUUCAGCGGAAUAAUAGAUUUAAUGUCUAGCUGGGAAACUCUUUGCUCUCUUAAAUGUCUGCCCCCUGCAGGAAUCAUCUCAGGAUCUCUGACCCCUUGGCUGCUUUGGUCGAUCUGGAAAGCGCGUAACAAAUUUGUGUUUGAAGGCCACUCGGCUUCACCAGAAGAAACGCUUUCAGGCGCCAUAGUACUAGCUAGGGAAUGGAACACAGAAGUCAAGAAGGAACCCCUUACCGGAAUACGACAUCUCCCAGCGCCGAUCCUAACUCACCCUGAGGCGACGGUGAUUCGGUCGGAUGCUGCUUGGGCACCUGGUUCAAAUAUUGCAGGUUUAGGUUGGGUCCUUCUAUCCCACUCAGGUAAUCAAUCCUUCAAAGUGCCCCUGAAAAGCGUUGCUUCGCCUCUGUUGGCGGAGGGGCUCGCUCUCCGGGAGGCUGUGCGGUCUUGCGCAACUUUGGGUUUGAAUUAUGUGGCUUUUGAGUCGGAUUCUCUGAACUUGAUCAAGGCAGUGAAGCUUGACGUAUCCAUAGCGGAACUCUAUAGUGUGAUAGCUGAUAUCACAUCUUUUGCAUCAGUGUUUGAGUUUGUCUCUUUCUCUUGGAUCUCUCGGGAAAAGAACGUUCUAGCUGAUUGUUUAGCCAAAGAGGCUUUGAAUGUAUCUGAUAUUUUGGUGGUUGGGGAUGCUUCCAUUGCUCCUAACUAA